AUGUUGGCCUUUCAACUACUCCUCGCAGUUGUAACUGCCGAGUACGGCGGAUCUCAGGUGAAGGACAUGUUCGAAGCCUACAAGGAGAAAUUUGGACACAACUUCGAUGCACAAGAUGAUUCCCGUAUGAAGAUUUUCGCAGAUAACCUCCGCUACAUAGAAGAGGAGAAUGCUAAAGGUCUGCCCUACAAGCUCAAGGUGACUCCAUUCGCUCAUCUGACCAAUGCCGAGUUUAGAAUGACCAGACUCGCGACAAUGCCGAAGGCUAGAAGCUUUACCGUAAACGAAGCGAACACCGUUGGUUAUGAGGGCUCCAUUGAAGAGCUUCCCGCAGCUGUCAACUAUGUUGCCAAAGGCUGGGUUACGGGUGUUAAAGAUCAAGGCUUUUGCGGAAGUUGCUGGGCCUUCUCAGCUACUGGUGCCCUUGAGGCUCUUCACAAGAAUCUUACUGGGGAUCUCGUGCCACUCUCGGAGGAGCAGUUAAUCGACUGCAGCUUUAUCGAUUAUGGGAAUGCGGGGUGUUUGGGUGGAGACAUGUCCAACUCAUUCGAAUACGUGGCGGAUCACGGUAUCGCUUCGGAGAAGGAUUAUCCAUAUACAUCAACUAAUUCUGGGUAUUCAACUCCUUCUCCCUGUCAGCACGAUCAUACGGCCAUAAUCGCGGUGACCUCAAAGCCCGCCCUUCUGGCAGCGAUAGCCUUGAGUGGGCCAGUCAGUGUCGCCAUUGAUGCGGGAUCGAGAGCCUUCCAACACUAUGGCGGAGGGGUUUUCAAUUCUCCGUGCAAUACGACAUUGGAUCAUGGUGUUCUCGCAGUUGGCUAUGACUUGGAAGCAAUUGAGCC